AUGGAAUUUGACUGGUUGGUCUGGUUGGAUACAGUGUAUGAAUGGUAUGGUAUGAAUUGGUACAGUGUAGCUGGUGCAGAUGUAUUGCAAAAGCUUUUUCAAAGAGGCAACAUACAUUCAGAAAAAACAUGUAUUUUUGUCACUCAUAACGAUUACAUUACAUGUGUGCAUACUUUCAUAUCGCAAGGUGUCGCUGUUGGACAAUUUUGUAGUUUCAAAGGCAAUCAAAGGAGGUCGCAGCGUUGUAUGCAGCUCACUUCUCAACCUCUCUCCAAACAUGAAUCAUUGCGCUGCCUCAACCGUGCGGUGAACAUGGCGGACAGUGCUAGCGAAAGUGACACUGAUGGAGCGGGCAGCAGCUCUGCCACCCCGAAAUAUGCCUCAUCCUCCAGUAAACCUGGCGUUGUGAUCUCUCCAUUUCGUCUGGAAGAACUAACAAAUAGACUCGCUUCACUGCAGCAGGAGAACAAAGUACUCAAAAUAGAGCUGGAAACGUUCAAACUGAAAUGCAAAGCCCUGCAGGAGGAGAAUCAAGAUCUGCGGAAGGCUAGCGUCACUAUGCAAGCGCGCGCGGAACAGGAGGAGGAGUUCAUCAGCAACACGCUCUUCAAGAAGAUUCAGGCCCUGCAGAAGGAGAAGGAGACACUCGCUGUCAACUACGAGAAGGAGGAGGAGUUCCUCACCAACGAGCUUUCCAGGAAACUCAUGCAACUCCAGCAUGAGAAGGCCGAGCUGGAGCAGCACCUGGAGCAGGAGCAGGAGUUCCAGGUGAACAAGCUCAUGAAGAAGAUCAAGAAGCUGGAGAACGACACCAUCACUAAACAGCUCACGCUGGAACAGCUGCGACGAGAGAAGAUCGACCUGGAGAACACGUUAGAGCAAGAACAAGAAGCGCUUGUCAACCGGCUAUGGAAGAGAAUGGAUAAACUGGAGGCAGAAAAGAGAAUCCUCCAGGAGAAGCUGGACCAGCCAGUGUCUGCCCCGCCGUCACCACGGGACGUCUCCAUGGAAAUCGACUCACCGGAGAACAUGAUGCAGCACAUCCGCUUCCUGAAGAAUGAGGUGGAGCGGCUGAAGAAGAACCUGCGCACCAAUGAGAUGCAGCACACAGAGAAGCGGGCACAGUACAUCGAGGAGGAGCGGCACAUGCGAGAGGAGAACGUCCGGCUCCAGAGGAAACUGCAGCGGGAGGUGGAGCGCAGGGAGGCGCUGUGCAGGCAGCUGUCGGAGAGCGAGAGCAGUCUAGAGAUGGAUGACGAGAGGUACUUUAAUGAAAUGUCUGCACAGGGACUACGGCCUCGCACUGUCUCCAGCCCCAUCCCCUACACCCCCUCUCCCAGCUCCAGCCGACCCAUAUCACCAGGGCUGUCGUAUGCCAGUCACACAGUGGGCUUCACUCCCCCAACCACCCUCACCCGAGCGGGGAUGUCCUACUACAACAGUACCGGCCUUCACAUGCACGUGGGCACAUCGCAUGGCAUCGCUAGACCCUCGCCAAGAAGGAGCAACAGUCCGGACAAGUUCAAGAGACCCACGCCCCCUCCCUCCCCCAACACGCAGUCCAGUGUGCUCACGCAGCCCCCUCCUCCUCUGGGCCCGCCCAUGCAGCCACGGGACGCAUGAAUUAUCAACCGCCUCCCCCUUAUUCUCCUCUGCCGGACGGGACUGGACCCACAAACACACGCAAACACACGCAAACACACGCAAACACACGCAAACACACGCAAACACACGCAAACACACGCAAACGCACGCAUGCAAAUACACACCAAACGACUUUGCGCUGUGCAUCAGGGCCAAAGGCUUACAACCCACCCACCCACGCCCCUUAAAUACACUUACACUACCCAAAUAAACAUUUAAGUUGUUGACUUGCACUGAGAUCUUAUAGACUUAACUGUACAUCAGUUUCAUAGAAGAAGAAGAAAAAAAAGGAAGUGUCUCCGUCUUUCGAAUGCAGUUGGUUGGUUGUCGCCUUGACAACACUUCAGGCAUCCACAUCAUAACCUUGCUCAGUGCUUGCGACCUUGCCCCCCCCCC